GAGGAGUUGUUGGCUGUGACUGCUUAUGGAUUACUGACAUACAGUCUCAGACGACGACACAAAAACAGAACAGCGAACUGACUCAUUUAACUUUCCAAUAGUUUUGUGGGAUUUUCAUCUGUUUUGACAUGCUUCAGCCGUUCCAGUAAUUUUGUUUUUUGCUGUGACCGCUGUUUUAAAUUGGAUUUUGAUUUCUACGAAGACUGGGCAACAACUUUCUGCAACAGGUUGAUCGCGGCAAAAGACGUAUCAUGCCUAGCAACAGUGAAAAUCUCCGACCAAGACUCUGUGUUCUUGAAAAAGGGGACAAUGGCUAUGGAUUUCAUCUCCACGGUGAGAAAGGUAAAACCGGCCAGUUCAUACGACUCGUGGAGACAGAUUCUCCAGCGGAAAGUUCGGGACUCCGCGCAGGAGACAGACUUGUGUUCGUUAACGGUGAGAACGUGGACAACGAGAGCCAUCAACAAGUUGUUUCGCGGAUACGAGCCACCAUUGGUAAACUCGAGCUUAUUGUCGUCGAUGUCGACACAGAGCAACUGUUGAAAAAGCACAAUAUGAAAUGCCUAAAAGAAUACGUAACGGAGGGCAUUCCGGUCCCUGACAGUGAGUCCGUGGACGGGGAUAUGGAGGAAAAUGGAACCCCAAGAGAAUCCACCCCUGUUCCCGAGAAAAACGGAGAAAUUCAUAUCACUGUGGAGAAGAAACUCAGUUCCGUCAGUUCCGAGAUCAGCUCCGAAAAGGACUUUAAGAGUGAGCCACGGCCACGCCUGUGUGUGAUUAGGAAGGGCUCUAACGGCUAUGGCUUCAACCUGCACAGCGAGAAGGCUCGACCUGGUCAGUACAUCCGGGCCGUGGACGAGGACUCACCAGCCGAACGGGCCGGGCUUCAACCCAAAGACAAAAUUGUACAGGUGAAUGGUGUGUCAGUGGAGGGGAAGCAGCAUUCAGAAGUGGUUGCGGCCAUCAGAGCAGGAGGUGAUCAGACGUCUCUGCUGGUGGUGGACCCCGACACAGAUGCCUUCUUCAAGAAGUGCCGAGUGAUUCCCACCGAGGAGCACCUCACAGGACCCUUGCCUGAGCCUGUUGCCAACGGCGACGGAGACAUGGACAAGAAGGUCAAUGGAAAGGUGUCCCAAGAGGCAGAGCCCAAGGUGUCAGUCAGCCCAUCUCCGUCCAAUGCCUCAUCCAAUGCCUCAAUCUCGACCACGCCCACUGUGACCCCGCCUCCAGAGACGGCAGAGCAGUCCAUCGUCGAGGCGAUCCCCGCUCUGAAUCUGUCGCUGCAGCAGGUGAAGGAGCGCGCUCAUCAGAAACGCUCCAACAAACGAGCUCCACCCAUGGACUGGAGCAAGAAAAACGAACUGUUCAGUAACCUAUAGGUGACACAAACACGUACACACACACACGCCUGGAAACAUCUGGAAACCCCCUGAGUAUUCUUAGAUACUUAUAAACCUCAGCUGGAGAAAGGGGCAUUCUAUCCCCCUGUGUUUUUUUUUAGUGUCUUUUUUCAGUCAAGUUUGAACCAGCGCCAUCUUAUCUAUGGAUGAGAUUAAAUACACUAGUAUGUGUAAUAUAUUCAGAUUUAUAUUGUAUUCAAUAUGUUAUAAUUGAAGUACUAACACCAAUUAGAUGGAUUAGCUAUGGAGAAUAAACAGAAAUAUAAAUGAUAUUAAAACUGUGAUGUAUAAAAAAAGAAACAUUUAAUUACUCCAUUCCGUGUGUGUAUGCGAAGAGACAGAGAUUUUGAGCAGGCACGUUAAACCUGUGAGUGUGAGAUGUGUGUGUUUGUAUGUCCCUGCUGGUCAGAGAGCCCUGUGCCUGGAGGGAUACAGGGAAAUUUUUUUCUCCGCGUCCUAACCACUCCUCUAAUUUAAAUACGAGUUUCUGUGUUCUAAAAUGCAUUUCAACAAUCUCUGUAUUGAACUUUAACUAUUCGUCCAGUAACAUCUCACUGUUUGUAUUAUUAUGUUGAUGGACCAACGUUAGACUGCUGAGAUUUCAAACACAGAUGUGAAUGCCAACCAGUGAGACUGCCAUAGUGUAGUCAUUGAUGUGUAAUCUUUGGCUAAGAGCACAAUAACCACUUGAGAGGGCACGCUAAGCUUUAAAAGAAGUAACACAGAAAAGUGAGCCAAGGUUUCUACGGAUUAAACCAGAGUAAACAUUCUAUGGUUUCCAUGUCAGAUUUCAUAGAUUCUUUUAGAACUUUGCCGUCCUCUUCCUGUGGAACGGUGGUGAGUGAAAGAUUCUGAGUGACGUCACCUUCUUUGAUUUGUUAAUGAUGUGUCACAUUUCAAAGAAUUCCAGCUUUCAGAGCUAUUUUACAUAUAUUUAAUGAUGUUAAUAUAUGUCCAAUGGUCCAAUGUAGUCUCAUAGAAACACCUGUGGCUUUUGUUUUGGAAUUUUGAUUUUCAGUGCUGUUGUGCUGAGACAGUCACUGCGAUCUUUGUCUUACUGCAUUUCUGACCACUGUCUUUAUGUUGUAUGUGUAUUGCGCUUGUGCGCAUGUGUGGAUGUGUUUUUGUUGUUCUAUACUAUAAUAAAUUUUAGAUCACAAUA